CGGGCCGGCUGCCCCGCAAUGGCGGAGGCCCACAGCGCCAUUUUUGAGGUGCCGUCCACGUCCAGAGGUUUGAGAUCGGGCUGACCGCUGUGGGGUUCAAAAUGAACGUUAUCGACCACGUCCGGGACAUGGUGGCUGCUGGCCUCUACUCCAACGUCAGAUUACUUAGCAGUUUGUUGCUGACCAUGAGCGACAACAACCCAGAAUUCUUCUCACCAGUGCAGAAAUACCAGCUACUUGUCUACCAUGCAGAUUCUCUUUUUCAUGAUAAGGAGUAUCGCAAUGCUGAAUCUAAAUACAAAAUCGCUUUGCAGCAGAAGAAGGCACUAACUAAAACUACCAAAGUAAGACCAGCUGGUGGGAGCACCCCUUCAACACCACAAACACAGUGUCUACCUUCAGAGAUUGAAGUCAAAUAUAAAAUGGCUGAAUGUUAUACAAUGCUGCGUCAAGAAAGGGAUGCAGUUGCAAUCUUGGACACUAUUCCUACCAGGCAGCGCACUCCAAAGAUUAACAUGAUGUUAGCCAAUCUAUAUAAGAAAGCAGGGCAGGAGAGGUCAGCUGUAACCAGCUAUAAGGAAGUUCUACGACAGUGUCCCCUGGCUAUGGAUGCAAUACUAGGUCUGCUGUCUCUUUCAGUGAAGGGUGCAGAGGUAGCAUCUCUGACUAUCAAUGUGAUUCAGAGCAUUCCAAAUCUGGACUGGUUAUCUGUUUGGAUCAAGGCAUAUGCUUUUGUUCACACUGGUGACAAUACCAGGGCAAUCAAUACUAUCUGCUCUUUGGAGAAGAAGUCAUUGUUGAGGGAUAAUGUGGAUUUAAUGGGAAGCCUGGCAGACUUGUAUUUCAGGGUGGGUGACAACAAAAAUGCCAUCCUGAAGUUUGAGCAAGCUCAGAUGCUGGAUCCAUAUAUAAUUAAGGGAAUGGAUGUCUAUGGGUAUCUUCUGGCAGGUGAGGGCCGACUAGAAGAUGUUGAAAAUUUAGGUGGACGUUUAUUCAACAUCUCUGAUCAGCAUGCAGAACCUUGGGUUGUCUCAGGUUAUCAAUGUUUGUACAGCAAACGAUAUUCACGUGCACUUUAUCUGGGAGCAAAAGCCAUUCAACUAAAUAGCAACAGCGUGCAAGCUUUACUAUUAAAAGGUGCUGCUUUGCGAGCAUUGGGCAGAAUCCAGGAAGCUAUUAUACACUUUAGAGAAGCUAUGCGUCUCUCUCCUUGCAGAAUGGAUUGCUAUGAAGGACUAGUUGAAUGCUAUUUGGCUUCAAACAGCAUUCGUGAAGCAAUGGUUAUGGCAAAUAAUGUAUUCAAAACACUGGGUCCAAAUGCCCAGACGUUGACACUCUUUGCGACUGUUUGCUUGGAAGAUCCGAUGACACAGGAGAAAGCUAGAACACUUCUGGAUAAAGCUCUGGCACAGAAAUCUGAUUAUCUGAAAGCAGUGGUCAAAAAAGCAGAACUUCUGAGCCGUGAACAGAAAUAUGACGAAGGCAUAGCUCUCCUGCGAAAUGCAUUGGCAAAUCAGAGUGUUUGUAUUCUGCAUCGGAUGCUUGGAGAUUUUCUUGUAGCUGUAAGUGACUACCAGGAAGCAAUGGACCAGUACAGCAUUGCAUUAAGCCUGGAUCCCAAUGAUCAGAAGUCAUUAGAAGGAAUGCAGAAGAUGGAAAAGGAAGAAAGUCAGACUGAAGCAGCUCAAGAGGAGGAUGUGGAUGACAUGGAGGGGAGUGGGGAAGAAGGGGAUCUGGAAGGGAGUGACAGUGAGACUGCACAGUGGGCAGACCAAGAACAGUGGUUUGGCAUGCAGUAAGGAAAACAUAAUAAACUUCACAUGGGCCUCUUCAAAUGAACUUUCAUGCUUGGAAUCCAUGUUUCUGUUACCUAGCUACCUUGGAUUUUAUAAUAAAUUAUAAUCAUAGCAUCCUAAUACAGAGGGAAUACAUGGUCAGGGAUCUGUUGUCUCGUGUUGUGUUUCUAUUACAAGAGUACUUAGUUUUGUUUUACAGAAACACUUGCUUUCCAUGAUGUUUUAUUCAAACCCGUUAACUGGCGCACUGACACUUGAGUGGGCUGAUGUGACCUUUGUAAUGUUACUUAUAAAUUGAACUAAGUGUGAGACUUUGUGAAAUCUACACAUUUUUGAGGUAAGGCAAAACCAAGCUAAACUCAGACUGCUGAAAUAUUUUGCUAAUUUUCAUGAAAGCUUUAAAAUAAAACCUGGACAGCCAAGGAAUGAAACAUAAAAAUAUAUAAAUCUUGAUAGGAGAUUAUAUAAAGUGAUAGACUUCAUGCAUUUGUUCAGUCACUUACACUGUAAACUACCUUAAUUUUUACCCUGACCUGAGUCUUUCCAUUGAAAGCAUAAUUUUCUCUCCAAUGUCACAUCAUCAAAAAAAAGGGUUUAAACUAUUCUUGGACCCAUUACCAAUUAGACUUUUACUGUAUGAAGGCCCAGAUUUGCUUUUAUCUUUGGUGCUGGCUCGCUCUUUUUAAUUCAUGCAAGAAUUAAAUUUGCACACUGCUGUAUCCAGUUUCACCAGGCAUUGUGGAUCAUAUAACUUAUUGUUUGUAUUAAAUCCUUUUGACAGCUGUGAUGCUCUGUACUGUCUCACCAGCUAGUUCUUGCAAUAACUGUUUUGAUAACUGUAUUGUGUAUUUUGUAAAUGGGGUUAAAAUGAAAUUUUUCAGUACUGAUUAAAAUGUAUACAGUGUAUACACUGUAGAUGUGAGUAUCAUUGUAUAUGAAAUGCAUGUCUUUUUCUUUAAAUAAAAAUUGAUGUCCUCCUUU